AUGAAAAAUCACACUAUAGUCACCACUUUCAUUCUCUUAGGACUAACAGAUGAUCCAAACUGGCAAAUUGUGACUUUCCUUUCUUUAUUUUUAGCAUAUUUAUUGAGUGUAACUGGAAACAUGACCAUUAUCCUGCUCACUUUUCUGGACUCAAGUCUUAAAACACCCAUGUAUCACUUCCUUAGGAAUUUUUCUUUCUUGGAAAUCUCAUUGACAUCUGCCUGUAUACCUAGAUACUUAUUUAGCAUAAUGACUAUGGAUAAAAGGAUUUCUUAUAAUGCAUGUGUGGCACAAUUGUUUUUUGUCAUCUUCUUGGGUUCAUCAGAGUUUUUCCUAUUGGCUGCCAUGUCCUAUGAUCGCUAUGUGGCCAUUUGCAAACCCCUGCACUAUGCAACUAUCAUGAGCAGCAGAGUCUGCACCCAGUUGGUUGUUAUCUCCUGGUUGGCUGGGUUGUUAGCAAUUUCUCCUGGACUUAUUAUGGGUCUUGAAUUAGAAUUCUGUGAUGCCAAUGUUAUUGACCACUUUGUCUGUGACUAUUCUCCCGUCUUGAAACUCUCUUGUACAGAAACAAGUGUCAUAGAAUUGUUAAGUUUUAUUUUGGCCAUUGCCAUACUACUGGGUACUUUAAUGUUGGUGAUGUUCUCUUAUGGGUAUAUCAUAAAAACAAUUCUGAAGAUCCCUUCUGCCCUGCAAAGGAAAAGAGCUUUUUCUACCUGUUCCUCCCACAUGAUUGUUGUUUCUCUCUCUUAUGGAAGUUGUAUUUUUAUGUAUAUUAAACCUUCUGCAGAGGAAAGGGUAGCUUUAAACAAGGGCAUAACACUACUCAUAGUUUCAGUUACCCCUGUCUUAAAUCCUUUUAUAUAUACACUAAGAAAUAAACAGGUGAAACAAGCACUGAAGAAGAUAAUUAAAAAACAAUGUAUUCAAAUUUUGUAA